CCCAGCCCGCCUAUCAAUAUCUCGAACUCUGUCGCUCCCGUAUGCCAUCUCUUUUUUUCGCAUUUAAUUUGAAAGUCUUCGCCGAUGCUAUCAUAAAACGUGUGUAGUUUUUUUCUACCCGCUUCCCGGGAACUACAUGUUCCACCCAUACCACCCCCAAAAGCCGCCAGUCCCUGUUUAUAGCCAAGAACUCAGUUUUGAUAGAGGAAACAACAGCCUCCGGAAAGUUCUGCGUGCCAGUUCAAUUUGAAUUUUCGGUAGCAACUGCUGACACGACAGCAGAGCGGGAGAAAAGAAAAAUAAGCCAAGGAACCCCUUUUAUAUUGGAAUACAUUACCCCAUCUAGGAGCUCCUCAAUCUGCGAAAGUUGCCUACUUGGACACCUUGACGUUUGGCAAAUUGAAAGUUUUGCGACCUUAACCCAAUUUUCCAUCUUACUUACCUGCGCGAAAUGCAUUCCCUGUGGUUUCUACUGGUGUUGCUGGCUGUCGUUGGUUCUCGCCCAGGUGUUUCAGCUUUGCGUUGCUACAAAUGUGAGGACUGCGAUGAGUACACUCUGCUAAGUGACAUGGAAGUGUGUGAGGGUCCUCUUGUGAGUGGCAAUGGACAGGGCACACCUGCCAGUUCCAGUCCGAGUCCUGCUCCUGCUCCCGCUCCAUCUCCUGCUGCCUCGCCUGCUCCCAAUCCUCCGGGUAAUGUUCCUGCUCCCUCUGAAAACAGCGAGGAGGAGGAGGACUACGAAAGCGAGGAGUCGGAAUCGGCCACCGUGGGUAUCAUGCCAGCAGGAAACGGUGCAGCCGCGGGAACCGGAACCGGAAAUGGAGCUGCCGGAGGAGCUGCCCAGGAACCUGUCAGAGAGGAGGAGGAGGAAGAGGACGAAGAUGAGGAGGAGGACGAGCGACGCAGGCGGAGAUCGAGUGCCCGACAGGUCGACCUCGAUAUGCCAAUCGCCUUCUGCUACACAGUGAGGCUCCAACUUAACGAAUCGGUGAUCACGAAUAGGGGCUGCACCACCGCCAGGAUGAGCAAUCAGACAGUUGGGUGCGAGGGAAUCUUCGAGAACUGGACCGUGGGAGGAUGCCAGCUGUGCCAGGACGACGGAUGCAAUCAGCCCAUUGGAGUAUCGAAAUCCAGCAGAAGCCUCGAACAUUCUGGGACUCUUGUAACACUCACGCUAAUGGCAUUUAUGACCCGUUGCCUGGUCUAAAAAUCACAACAUUACCUGUGGUCAAUUGAUUUGAUAUAUAGAUUCUAUAGAAAUACAUAAUAUAUGGCCCACAAAUAUGCGAUUUCGACUUUGGCGUCUGAGUUCAUAACUUUUUGGGAACCUAUGCCGGUCCCCGAGCCGCAUGAUGUGUCUAUUUACGGCUCGCUUACCACUCGUAAAGUUGGCCGGUUGGCCAAUGAGCGCACCUGAGCUAUUUUCGCCUAAUUGUUUAAUUGACAUCGAUAAGGCGUUGUCCCUUUUGGGGGAAAGUGCUCGCUCAUUGAGGCCGUUCAUUCAGUUGCAACCGUAUCGAAAUCAAAUCAAUUAGUAGCCGGCGAUAAGUGGAGUGACGAGGGGUACUCCUAUGAGUCGAGUGCCCCCGUUCAAAUGCGAUUUCAUGAUUUCAUGCGACCCGAGAACUGAUAAAACGAUAUACUGAUCAAGUGGCCAAAGCGUUUAGGCCGGCCGAUAAGCGCUAGGAAGUCGAGUGGCAAUCGCUUUUUGCCAGAUUUAUGGUAUUAUUUUCGGGGCCCGGAAUCGGGGAGAGUUCUUAAUACAGCGAUGAGGAAACGCAGCCGCAAACGAGGCACCGCUUUAAGGAAACUUGCUCUAAACUGUAAAGGCAGCCGCCAAAUUCGUUAGGCUGCUAUAGAGUGUAUAUGGGCAUGAUACACUGACUUUUAACUCCUCGAUUUGUGGGCUCGGAUGGGGGUUUUUUAAGCGCUUCCCCGUUUUAUUUU